UGCUCAGUCUCUGUUGAGCUACCGUCGCGUGUGGAGGUAGCUUGCUCCGUUUUUUUUUCUGCUCGCUCGCUCGUGUCACGAGCGUGAUCGCGAUUAGAGAGAUUAGUGCAUAAGUAUCCGAGUGCGAGUACAUAAUUACAUUGUGAACAGUUGAAAAAAUUGUGAACCUGCCAGGUGAUAGCAGCGCAGCACGCCGAAACCGAUGGGGGAUGACGUUCGAUGGAGAAAAAGAGGUCCUGUUUCGCCUUGAAAUGGAACGCUCGAGCAGCGGACGUGCUCGCAAAUAACGCGAUUGCAGUCGGUUCUGGAGGACGAUAAUCGUGGGAAGGAGUCCUCUAUCCACUUGGGCAUUUUCGACGAGGCGCCGCUCCGUUAGCCGACACUCGUGUGCAACAUGUUCGGGACGAAAUUGCGCACGUGGAUGGAGGCACACAUCGUGCGAUCGAAGAAGAAGAAGGACCGGAAGAAGGGCGACAAGGGAUUCGACUCGAACUGCAACUCCCCCAGGAGCCACAGCGCCAACAGAUCGCCCGCUUUGCACCAGGUACAUCCGCUGGACUCGCCAACGAAGAACGUGGACGGCAUCCGGUUGCACGGGGGCGGCUACGGCGCGACAGUGACCACUUCGUCCGGCACUUCCGGCGGCACCGCCGGAAGUGUGAGUCUCUCCUCGCCGGAGAGCGCGUACUCGACCGGCUACUCGACCGACGGCACCUCGCCCGGCACCAGUUUUCCGCCCGAGUAUUACAUCAACAUCAGGACCGGCACCCACUAUUUUCAGAACAACGGCAGCAGCAGCACCACCACCACCACCACCACUACCACCACCACCGCCGCCAACAAUAACAACAACAAUAACAACAAGACCAGGGCGAAAAGGCCGUCGGGCAAUACAGGAAAUCUGCCUCCGGCCGGUAACGUCUCACCAGGAAAUGGAAGAGUUCAGGAUAGGGGUCAGCCAUCCGCGAGCACGACGAACAUGACCAGAGACAACGGUCAGCCGGAAGUACGAACGAGCACGCCGCAAAAGAGUACAGAAAAUCACGGUCAGAGGCAACACCAGCAGCAGCAGAGGCAGCAGGAGAGCUCUCAUCGCAGAACGGAGUCUUAUUCCGCCGAUUCGACGAGGAAUAAUCUGCCGGUACCAUCGUCGAUACCCCCGCCCUUAGUCUCGCCUCCGGUGCAGUCUCCUCGCGAACGCUCCCGUAUCCGAACAAAUCCGUGGCUAUCAGCGAACUCCUCCGGAUCUAGCACGAACGGCCUGAAAUCGCGUCUCGCCCUGGACGAGAGCAGCAGCAGCUCGGGCUUAAAGCUCACGGAAUCCUCCGGUAGCGCCAGCGAUGUCAACCUGAACCUGAACGGCAGGGAGCCUCAUGGCAGGAGGGAGCAUCGUCAAGAAAGCCUCAGCGCAGGUCGAAGCCCGAUUAAUCAAAAUUGGAGGAUUUCAUCGGAUCUCCGACCGAAGAUCUCUUUGGCCUUGCAACGACGAGCCAGCAGCAGCAGCUCGUCGGCAUCCUCGGUAACGCGCAGCGUGCGUUCAUCUGAGGACGACAUUACGCUGAACGAGAUGAUGGGUAAGUUCGACGAAAGUUACGUAUACGAGAAAGAGACGGACAUCCUAUCGGACAGCGACCCGACCGAUUGCGAGGACUACAUCGACUCUCUGUCAGACAUCGACACCGGCCAGGACGGCGGCGACGAGAACGAUCCGUUCGAGAACGACGAGCUUGACUACAUCGACAACGGCUCGUUCCUCGAUCUGGACAGUCUUGAAUGUGGUGGCGCCGGCCACUUUCCCAAUACCGGCCACUGCACUUACUUCACCUUUACCAGCGAACUAAGUCGACGCGGCAGUAGGCUCCGCGAGUCCUUUCUGAAGCGCAGAAGCAAGGACGAGAUCGUCUCUCAAAGAAACGUGAAUGCGAGAUCUAGCGCCAAGAGACAGAGCUCGCGGCACAGGAAGAUGGAUGAUAAGCAAAGUGAGAAGCGCAAGAAGAGAAUAUCGCAGCGGCGCAAACCUACCUUAGAUAGAUGCGACGACGAGACAGCGAACCUGAAUCGGGUGCUCGUCGAAAGGAUGCUGUUGAAGAACUCUGGCUUCAAUCAGGGCAGCAGGAGCGUAGGCGGCACGCCGAUGUGCUUGCGACGUAGAAAGCACGACGUGAACAAGAAUCUCUCACCAAUGAGACUGAACGGUAAUCCGUCGGCUAUCAGAUCCUCCGAGAUCGAGAACGACAUCGUGAAGAGACGAUCGAAUUCAGUGAGUUACGUGAACGGCAACAUAGUGCGACGCCAUGUGGCCGGCAACACGUACAUGACCACGUUUGCAUCGGAGAUCGCAUUAAUGGAGGCAGACAAAGAGGCCGAUCGCAAAUAUCGCGAGCUUAUCCUAGAGGCGGAGAACAUUCUGGUGAGCAUGCAGAAGUACCAGAACCCUUCGCCGUGUGUGCCAUCGCCGUCACGUAAAUUGCAUAACGGUCUGGCGAACAAGCGUGUCGAGCUUAUCAAGAACACGGAACUGAACAUCGAACUGGCGUUGUCGAAAAGCCGUAAUUCCCAGCCAGAAUUGCAGAGCGGCAGUAUCCGUGAUCUGGAGCACACUAGCCCUAAGCGGCAAUUUACUCAGCCGUGUUCGCCAAUUCAUCGAUUUAUGGAGAGAAAUACGCCGGCCAAUUUCACGCCUCCGAAGGAGCCUCCGCCUGUUUUCCGGCAGCCCGAACUGUCUAAGUGUCCGGACUCGCCGGCGAUGACGCGCAGAACGACACCUCAGAGCUCGCCCAGUAAGAGCCUGAUGCACCAUCAGAUGCAUCGGGCACGUAACGGCGAUCCGGAAAACAGGGAAGGCAACAGAUCAUCUCGAAUCGCUUUGAAUUGUAAUGGCGAAAUAAAACCGGAAACUGUGAAUGUGAACAAAACUUCCCAUGGGGAGAAGAUUCACGCGAACGCGAUGCAAGGUUCUCUCACCGGAGGUAGAAAGGAAUUUCGCGUCGCGAGAGAAUCGACAAAGGAGGAGGGAGUGACGUCCAGCUCGUCGGAUUCCGAGGAGAAGUUCGACGUGAGACGGAGGGCUCCAUUGAUGACUUUCAGAUCUGUCGACAUGGGCCCCAUCAAGGAAGGAUCUUCCUACUGCCCGCAAAGCGAGCCGGUGAAAAGAAAAGUAUACGCCGGAAGCGCAACAUAUGGUAGAAUACAAAAGACAUUGGGCGAGCACGUUAUGCUGAGAAAUUCUGACGGUGAUACAGCAACCGAUGAUACAGAUGACUCGCGAAGAUCCCUGAAAGAGAAGGUAGCGCAGUUGCGGCAGGAACGACUAGCCGCCGAGGCAAACGCGAACAACAUUCAUGACUCGCAGUACUUUCAGCACCAGCUAUCUCAGUUAAGACGGCAGAUGCUGAUGCAAACGAUCGAGGGCCUGAAGCGCAGCCUUGAAGAUCAGUCGGCCACUUUGAAGCAAACGUGCUUGGAACCGACGAGUCUGUUGACCAACGAGCUGCCUACGUGUGUUGACUUCGUUUCGUUAAUCGGCAGGGAAAAAUUGAUCUGUCGUGAAAUCCUGACAAUGAAAACGGCACCGUCCGGCGAGUCAACGAUCUCACUUGAUUCUCUCGAACCUAUGCUGGAUCUCAUAUAUCCCAACAGGCUCCAUGAUCUUGUCGCAGUAGUCCUCCCACUCGCCCUCGCUCAGAUCCACGUCGGCGAACUCCUUGCCGCCGUCCACUGCCUUGGCCACCCAUCCCUCUCGCGCAGAGAAGUCGGAGGGCUCGAUGCCCCGGCAGUCGAACACGACGAUCGUCUUGAACUGUCCCUGGUCGUUCGCGGUGAAGGACCCGACCGAGUCCUCGAUUAUCGCCAUGGAGUUCUCGCGGGAACAGAGCUUGCACUUACUCACGAACAAGUGAACUUGAGACACCACCUGAACUCGGGUCCUGACGGCCGCAGCUCCUCGACGUUGUCGAGUCUGCACGUGAUCCGCAACGCUAUUUUCACCAUCUUCGACCGCGGAACUGCCGGCGUCCUGCCUACGGGAAACAGUCGAUCAAUUGAUGACGCGUAUAUAACGUAUACGCGAAGGGCGACGGGUAUUUAUGUUCGGGACGGUGCCCCUUACCUGUACGAGAUGCUUCCUCAGUUGUACGCGCACGCGCAAUGUGUGACGUUUCUCCGACGGCGCCUGGAUCACCUGGAUGCGCCUGGACGGCGGGGUUCGACUGGGUUCGACGUUCGGAGAGAUAACAAACGGAUGACAAGGAGUAUGUAUUCGACUCGGCGGUGUCUGGCUCUUCUCGCUUGCCUGGCGACCCUCGUCGCAGGCGGCUCCGUCGUCGCGCAGGACAUCCUGGGAUGCGGCGGUUUUCUGAAGAGUCAUGCCGACAUCGACUUCACGAAAGUGCACGUGAGGCUGUACACGAAGACCGGCAGCCUAAAGGAUCAGACCGAGUGCGCGCCCAACACUGGUUACUACUUCCUACCUCUGUAUGACAAGGGCGAAUACGUAUUGAAGGUGGAUCCUCCCAGAGGCUGGAGCUUUGAACCCACGGAGGUAAUGUUAAACGUAGAUGGUAUUACUGAUGACUGCAGUCAGGGGAAAGAUAUUAACUUUACGUUCAAAGGAUUUGGUAUUACAGGACGUGUGGUUAGUUUAGGCACUGAUUCUGGUCCUAAAGGAAUUACUAUUUCCUUAUAUAUGGAUAGCAAUAAACAAGUUCCCAUUAAAUCGACUUCAACAGCAGAAGGUGGGAUAUUUUACUUUACUCCUAUUCAACCUGGAAAAUACAUCCUUGUUGCGCAUCAUUCCAAGUGGAUAAUAAAAGAAAGUAAAAUCGAGGUAAUUGUACGAGAGGGAAACACAGAACUCGCAGAUGGCAGCUUGGUAGUAUCAGGAUAUGACGUUAGCGGCAAAGUCACCAGUGAAAAUGAACCAGUGGCUGGCGUAUCUUUCAUCCUUUUCGGCAAUGGCAUCGCCGAAAAAUGUGAGACUACUCCUGUAGAUAAAAAUUUAAACUUUGAGGAACUUUGCCACGUGACUUCGGACAAUACUGGUAGAUUUACAUUCCCCAGUUUGUCGCCUGGUGAUUAUAAGCUCGUACCUUAUUACGCCGGUGCCCAGACAAAAUUUGACGUUCAGCCACCGGAAUUGUCAUUCAAAGUUAGUCAUGGCAGUGUUGUCCUUCCUCAAGACUUUAAGGUAACUGGCUUUACGGUCGGCGGUCUGGUGCGUAGCUCCGCAAACGGAAAUCCGUUGUCGGGAGCAAAGAUAUUCUUGUCACAGAAGGAAGUUGCAGUCACGGAUAAGAACGGGAAAUAUGUACUGGACAAUAUGAAAGCCGGCCAAUAUACACUCAGGGCGGAAUCUGCGAAUGUACAAUUUAGCGAGAGGACAGUUAAAAUAUCUCCCACCUCACCUGAACUUCCGGUGCUGAUACCUUCAGCGUAUAAAGUUUCGGGUAAGGUAACUCUCUCGGCGAAAGGGACGCUGCAUUUCCGCCGAAUAUCCAUUCAGAAUACGGCCGCUUCGUUCUACAAGGAGCUGGACACUAAUGAGAAAACAGGAGAGUAUUCUGUGUACCUCGCGCCUGAUAAAUAUCAACUGAGUGUAAUUGUGAGCACAGAAGAGAAGACUAAAGGUUUACAAUUCUAUCCGCUGCAGCAAACAAUUGAUGUGACGUCUCAACCAAUUACCAAUGUCAACUUCCUACAAUUAAAGGCCACGUUAACGGGAAUGGUACACUGUUUGCCAGGGACAGAUUGCAGUCAAGCCUCUGUUACCUUGAAAAUACUCGAUGGAGUCACGAUAAAGACAGUACAAGCAAAAGUCGUUUUCCAUUACUUAGAUGGUCAAUAUGAGUUUACGGACGUGCUGCCCGGCCACUAUGAGAUUUUUAUUGACAACGACGUGUUUUGCUGGGAAAAUCCCAGUUAUAGGAUUUCGAUAACGUCGGAACGCGCCGAGGUGCCGCCGUUCAAACAAACUGGUUUUUCUAUUACCUUCAUAUCGUCUCACGACACGGUCGUAGAGUAUUUUGAACCUAAUAACACGAAAUUGAUAACUCUACCUCUGAACAAAGGCAGCAUGAGACACUGCGUGCCUAAAUCUGGAGCAUACACUUUUAUUCCGAAAGGUUGUCAUGUAUAUGAUAAUUCUUCCUACACUUGGGACACGAGCAAUCUCUCCCCAAUAUUGCUGCAUUCCACUGAACACACUCACAAAGGCAGUAUUAUAAGCUCAAGCGUGCAAAACAAUCUCAAAGUAAAGAUCGAAGAUGCAAACGACAGUGUCACGAUUGGUCCACUGAAACAUGUAAAGAAAGAUGGCGUGUAUAAGUAUGAAUUUGAGUUUAAAGCGAAAACAGAUAAUAUGUACACUAUCACGCCAUUAUCAGAUAUUCUGCUCUUUAAUCCACCAUCUCUGAAAGUCUUCGGUGUGAAUGACUGUCAUAACGACAUCGCAAGUUUUGCUGGUGAUCUAGGAAAGAUUAUAGCCGGACAAAUUUCUCCACCGCUAGAAGGUGUAACUAUACGAAUAAUUGGGAAAGAUGAAGAGAUUCCAAUUCACACAUUAGUUACACAAAAAGAUGGGACUUACAGCAUUGGACCUUUGGAUGGGAAAAUCAAAUACAGUGUUACAGCUGAGAAGGAAGGAUUUGUUAUCACUGGGCCUGAUGAUAAAGGAGUAUUCUUAGCUCAUAAAUUAGCUGAGAUCAUCGUGCAAGUUUCUGAUCAUGCCGACGGUUCUUCUUUGCAGGGUGUGCUUCUUUCUUUGUCUGGCGGUCAAAGUUAUCGCAAGAAUAGUAUAACCGGCGAAGAUGGAAAAUUCAUAUUUAAUUCAUUAUCACCAGGCGAAUAUUACCUACGACCAAUGAUGAAGGAGUAUCGCUUUGAUCCGCCAUCAAAGAUGAUUAACGUCAUGGAGGGAGCGACCGUUAAUGUGAAUUUAUUUGGUAACAGAGUCGCCUAUAGCGCUUACGGUUCUGUCACGUCUUUGAAUGGAGAACCGGAAGUUGGUUUGUUGGUCGAAGUUCAAGGUCAAGGAAAUUGUUCCAGUCUUCAAGAGGAGGCUACGACUGAAGAAAACGGUAACUUCAGGAUUCGUGGUCUUCAGCCCACGUGUACUUAUGCCUUCCGUCUGAAACCGAAUGUGGAGAGCAAUGCUCACAUACAGCGCACAAGCCCAAGCUCUCAGCUGGUGCAGCCGGUGGAGGACAUUCACGGCCUGCGGCUAAUCGCUUUUCAUCCAAUCUCGCGCACGGAUGUCUCGGUGCACGUCACAUCCGCCCAACCGGAACAUUAUCGCACGAUCAAAGUGAAGCUAUGUCGUGAGGACUCUCCCGACUCGCCGGUGCACAUUUCUAAGUUGGAUGUGCAGCAGACCACCAAUAAAAAUUCCGGCAAUUACAAUGCCGGUUUCCUGGUACAUUUCCCACCAUUGCAAGCCGACGGCAGAAAGUACUUUGUGCAAUUGGAGUCCUCAUUGUCCCAGGCUGUGCACAAAUAUCGCACUGUCCCUGUCUAUUUCGAGGCGAAUUCGUCGUUCAAGUACGUCAAGCUAGCAUUCAACGCGGAGCGGAAAGUCGAUCAGGGUGAGAUGAAUCAAACGUCGGUGAUCGCGUUACCGUUCAUCAUGCUAGUCGCGCUGGCGUUUCUGAAUCGCGAGAAACUGUGGGUCUGGUUGAACGCGCUACUGGAGAGACGCUCCAAGCCCGUGCCGAGCUCCAGAGCACCGGUCCAGGCCAUUCCCAUCGAUCCUAGAGCGGACGAUAUCAUAGUCGAACAAAUAAUGAACAUUAAUAAGAGAAAGACAAAGCCGCGAAAGACAUAG